AUGGACCAAACUCCCGACGCCGACCUCCCACCCCCCAUGUCCCGCGUCAAGCAGAACCGCAUCGACAUCUGGCGCAACGAGGUCGCCGCCCUCACCCUCGACACGGCCGUCGACACCAACGACGACCCCUCCCGCCACUCCCCGCCCCCCUCCUCCGCGACCUCGUCCGCCUCCUCCUCCAGCAUCCUCUCCUCCCCCACCUCCCGCGGCCGCCGCUUCUGGCGCCGCCUCAGCCACCGCAUCACCGGCCGGCCCCUCGACCCCUCGCCCCCGGACGUCGCCAGGACGGACAUGUACCGCACGGAGCAGCAGCAGUCCUCGUCCUCGUCCCGCCACGCAGCCCCCAGGGACCUGGGCAGGAGGGCGCGCCCAGAAGCAGACGCCCUGGGCGAGGAGGGCAGCCGCGACGGGCUACAGGGCGCGCUGGGCGCCAAGCAGGACCGCCUGGAGCGGGCGGCGAGGCUGCUCGACGAGGGCCCCGUCCGGGAUGAGUAG